AUGUCUGCCCCGCCAACAAGCGGGCUCCCCGCUCGGACAUGGACACGGACAGCCGACUCCGAAUUCAUCAUCUCUACAGAGCCCUCUCUCCUCGAUGUCCAAGCAGUGAAUGCAGCAUUUGAUAGUGAAUUCAUUUACUGGAUCAAAAAGCCGUUCCCAGAACAAGUUCUUUGGCAGAUGCUCCACGGCUCUUUGAGCUUUGGCGUGUACAAAGUCCAGCCUGGGGGACCAAUCACGCCAGAUCGAACCGAGCAGAUUGGACUAUGUCGCGUAGCCACUGACGGGGCAACCUUCGCUUAUGUCUCCGACACUUACGUUCUGCCUGAGUAUCAGGGACAUGGGCUGGGGGAGUGGCUUAUUACCUGUGUCGCGGAGGUAUUUUCAAAGGCGAAUAUGCCAUAUCUCCGUCGCAUUAUCUUGCUCACGGAUGAUGAGCGGUUGCAGAAGUUUUAUGGGAAGUUACUGGGUGUUAAGGUUGUUGGAAGCGAAGUGCGAGAGGAUUUGGGGCGGGAUUUGGUCUUUAUGUGUGCAAGACCCUGA